AUGUCUCUUCUCGGAAAGAAGUUUGGUGGCUCCAUUGCCCGCCCAAUGUGGCCCUUCUAUGUUUCCGGCCUUGUCAUCCUCUACGGAGUGAACUCUGCCGCGAACGCCAUGGCACAAGCCGACGAAUACAAGAACGACCCCAGGAACCCUCUCGUGAAGAACCAGGCACCGAAGCACUAA